AAUAAUCCUUCCCCCCCCCAAAAAAAAGUAUCGACCGAGUUUCGACAAUCUCUGCUAACUCACCUCUGCUUCAGUCGCCAAUCUUCCAUCUGUUCUGGUCAAUCAAUUAUUCGCUGUCGGGUCGAACUACUCCAUAUUGACACACUACUGCGCUCUUAUUCCGCCGCCGUUUUAACCGUUACUUCUUCCCCUUACGCUGCAUUAGUACCUCCGCCGCCUUAAUGCGAUGACCGCCAGGUAACACACCCGUGUUUCAGAAUCGCUUCUGCUACUUGGGCUCUGACACUCGCCAGCUUGGGCCAUAAGGCGUGUUGGCAACCAUCAAUCGGUCGGAUAUCGCGGGAGACCCUGUCCACAAAGCGAUCCUGUUGGACGGCACCGUUGUCGCAAAACAAACUUGGUUCCAACAUUUGUUUUUUUUUUCUUCUUCUUCUUCCCCCUCCGUCUCUAACGGCUUGGGUCGCUUGUUCUAAGGUUCCUUGCAUCUAUAAAUGAGCUCAACUGGCCCAUCGGGUCGCAUCAGAAUGUCCCAGCAACAGGUUAUCGACAUUUCUCCUCCUCGCACGCCUCCCUCCCAAUCCGCCAGAUAUAGACCCUCAAGACGAGGGCAACAUGCACGACCUUCUGUGCGCGAGACUUUCCUCGAUGACAUGAACCCUCCCGAUAACGCAACAAGUAGCAAUGAUUCAGGCUCCGAACGUGAUCCACAUGAUUUGUCUCUAUCCCCACAACACGCCGCGCGUACAUCCAUUGUCGAUAACAUGCUCCUCUCUCUCGACCAGUUUGCUCUCUCUGGCUCCUCGGUUCUGGACGACUAUCGCCUGUUCAACUCGGUCUUCGAGUCGGAUGUCCACAACCGCCCUUCUCAGGAUUCCAUGACGCAGGGCCGUUUUCGCGGACAUACCUUUUCCUCUUCCUUGUCUUCCGACCCCGAUUUUAACUAUGAUGACAGCGCUGGCCGCUAUGGAAUGCAACCAGCCCCAGGACGUCGCAGCAACAGCAGCUCCAAUUACCAAUCGAGCGUGAGGAGAAUCGGUAGUAGUCAAAGUCGAGAAGGAAUCAGUUCGCGAGGCCAGUUAUACAGUUCCAAUACUGCCCCUAGGACGCAUGCUGCGGGGAAGAGUAGCAAAGGAAGUUCAUCUUCGAAUGCCGAUUUCGCUACCCCUUUUUCGAGAGCUAGGGCGGACUCGGAGGGCGAAAAACGUUCGUCAAGCUUCGAGUAUGGGUCCAGGCAGCCGUUUAUGCCCUUCCCAGAGGCACCUUUGGGCUAUGAUACCUAUGAUGGGGUCGACGCAGCUCCGACCCCGAAUGUUCCGGCAGGACCAAGGAAACAUCUCCCUUCCCAAGACGACCACACCGGGACCCUGAGCCAUCAAUCAUCGCGGACUCCAGUCGCCUCCAGGAGGAAUAGCAUGAAAUCGUCCCGUACAAAUCAUUCGAAAAAGCCCCGUCCCGAGAAUAUUGGGACAGCAACGAUCAGAAGUCCCGGAAAUGACUUGGAUAAUUUGGACGAAACGGGCCUCGAGCCUCCAACCAUGCCCGCAUCGCUAGAGCCCCCUGCCCCGAGUCCCACAAUAUCCUACAACAAGCCCAUAUUCCCCCCGCCUGAACCAGCACCGGUCAAAGAGCGCCCGGGCUUUUUCCGGCGUGUGUUUGGAUCCUCAAAGAACCCUGAAUCCCAAGGGCAGCCUGACCUGCCGUAUCCAGAGAACGACUCCAAGGACUCAUUUGGUGUCGCUGCGAGCCUCAAGGCCCGGAAACCACCGACGAAGACUAACGUGGCAACAGGAUCGAAUAAUUCGGUUCGUGAAGGGCCGCCACAAGUUGUGAACAAAAAGUCAUCUUUCUUCCGCCGACGCAAGAAGUCAGUUGUCGAGACUGUCCCACCGCCAAUUAUGCUUCCACAGGAAUUCGCCCCCAGACCAUUUGAAAGCUUCAAGGCGGAGCCCAGUCCUGUGAGCAGUUUGAGGAAAGUGAUGAAUCCUUACCUCGAUCAUGCACCUCCGCCUCAGCACCCCGAUCGGGAGGGAAGCUUGUGCGAAGCGGAGCUCCCACGGCCAAAGUACCUGCAAACUCAAAGACAAAUGGACAGCAUUAUAACCCCCAAUGCUGGGUCAAGAUCCAAAUAUGCAGGUUAUCCUUCCGGAUCGUCUAGUGGGCAUGAUACAUCAUUCUUGGCAAACAGCAGUGGAGACGAAGAUCCGACAGCUAAAUCCGGUGACCUGGAUCCUAGCGCCUCUCUUGAAUCAAGACAAGGGCAACAUUCGUCCGAUCAUCGUCCCAAGGCUGCCAUCGAUUCUCAUGACAGCAUAGUCAAGCCCGAGUCUGACAAGCUAACCAACAUAUCACAAAACAAACUGGCACCACCACAUGCUCCCUCUUCACCGCUAUCACCUGUGGCGGAAGAUAUUUCUCAGAAAAGCGCAAUGUCUGCAGAAUUCCUGGCAGAUUCUCAUUCGUUGAGCGAGACAGAGUCGAAUGGAAACCGGGAUGUGCAUGAUACCGAGUCAUCCAAAGACCAGCAAGAUGGCUCGGCCAAAUUGCCCAUUCCCGUUGAUGGCGCCAACGAGUCUGCGUCGGAAAUCUCGAACUACUAUACUGCUUCAAACACGCCAGUGAUGUCGCCAGAGGAGCCGAGGAUUGCCGAGGAGGUUGAAAGUGACGCUGCUUCUCCCGAUGAUACCCCAGAUGAUGAGCCAACAGGCAUCGAUCGGGAUCAAGCGCAGAAGCUUUUUGACAGUCAAGAUCAAGUUGUAGGCAACGAGCCGGCUGCUGCUUGGCUUGGUGAUCCCGAUCGCGCUACGAUCCGAGAGGCAUAUAUGGAUCUUUUUGACUGGUCUAAUAUGAACAUUCUGGCCGCACUCCGAAGCUUAUGCAACCGACUUGUAUUGAAGGGAGAAACACAGCAGGUCGAUCGAGUGUUGGACGCCUUUUCAACUAGAUGGUGCGAAUGCAAUCCCCGCCAUGGCUUCAAAGCCGCAGACGUCGUUCAUACCAUCUGCUAUUCUCUCCUUUUGUUAAACACCGACCUGCAUCUUGCAGAUAUUGAGUCAAAGAUGACUAAGAACCAAUUUGUUCGAAACACGAUGCCUACGAUCCAUCGAGUUGCAAUCGAUGCGGCACCAGAUAGUUUUGAUACAUUACGUCCUAUCAACAAACCUAGGGCUCCCAUUCCUUUCCAGGACAUGACUCUUUCAGCGGCUAGGUCGAACUCAUUGCCCAUUGAGGAAUCCGACCGUGGCAAUACGGACACGGAAAAGCCAGUCAACCAACCCACAAAGCUUCUCAACCGAAUGUCUCGAACAGAUCUCUCCGGGAAAAUGAACACCGAUUACGACGGCGACAGUGGCCCAUUGGUUAACAACCCGUUCAAUGGAACAGUGAGAGCAUGGGAACAGCAGGUUGAAACCGUGCUCAAAGAUUUCUACAACUCGAUCCAGAAACAAAAGCUUCCACUGCACGGCGCCCAGCCAGAAAAGGAUGGGGCCCGUAUGUCGAACAAUUUGCUUGGCCCUAACUCGAAUAGUCUCCGCCGAAGCCCAAGUACACUGAGCAAGAGCGGCUCUGACAUCUACCCUCGUGGCCGCUCCGCUGAUUCUCGCUAUGGCACUGCACGUUGGUCCUCAAAGCCCCGCUCGCGCGUAAGGCUAUAUCCUCCGUCUACCAUGGGCUCCAGCCGGACUAGUCUCGACGACCAGUCUUCUCUUUGGAGUCCCUCUGCUUCUAGUACCUGGAGUAAAUAUUCUUUAGGCAAACUGACCUCCGCAUCAGUCGAUUCAUUUGGCUCAGACUACCCUCGCGGGGAGUAUCAGCAGUCCAUUGGAUUUGCCAAUGCCCUUAGUCAGGCCAUCAUUCGUGAAGAUUCUGCUAACUCUAUCGCAAGUUCAGAAGACCAUGAGCGGAUGGCACCACUUCUCGAAGAUGAGACGCUAGAGCUUGCUGGUGCCCCGUGGGCCAAGGAAGGAAGCCUAAAGCACAAGCAUCAUCUCGAUUCCGUCGAGAAGAGGGCCAAAGACCGCAAUUGGAACGAAUGCUUUGCUGUCAUCCAGCAGGGCUGGAUGCGCCUAUUCUCCUUCAGCAACUCCACCAAAUCUGUCCGCCAAAAGGCCAAGCAACGUCAGAAUGGCGGUGUAAUUGUUGGGGGAGGCAACUGGAUGUCGAACGCAGAAGAGAUUUGGAAGUUUCUCUUACGUCAAACUAUUGCAAGUGCUCUGCCGCCUCCUGGGUACUCCAAGUCACGGCCGCAUGUAUGGGCUCUGAGCCUGCCCACAGGUGCCGUACACCUCUUCCAAGCUGGCACGCCUGAGAUUGUCCGCGAAUUCGUCAGCAGUGCCAACUACUGGAGUGCGAGACUGUCUAAGGAGCCUUUGGUCGGCGGUAUCAGUAAUAUCGAGUACGGGUGGAGCGACGCAGUGAUCAAUAGCGCUCUGAUCAACACCGAUCAGAAUGGCACACCGCCCUCGUCAUCCGGGGCGCGACCCAGCAUCCAAAGCUCGAUCAGGAGUUCCCUCGACCAACAGGGCGUGCGACCCCGACUCCCGGCAGAUCGCGUUCACAUUAGCGAUUGGGCCCCUCCUCAGCAGAGCAUGGUGGCCUCCGCUUUGAGCGAACCGGACCAGCUGAAGGCGUUACAGAACUACGUCAAGAACGUUGAGGACGAUUUGACCAAGCAUAACGAGCUUCGGCCGGCGAUGGUUCUGUCAUUUUCUCCGCGACACCCCAACGCGACCAAGGCGAUGGCCAACUGGGAGAAGAAAUCCUCGUACUUGUUGCGGGAGAUUGUGAAAUUCCGAACCUACAUCGACUCCCUUCAGGCAGCGUUCGACCACAAGAACAAAAUCUAUUCAUCGCACGAAGGAAGUCAUCCAGAAGACGACCAAACUACUACUACUGAGACCCCUGUGUCUACUUGAAACGGGGUACUGCUUUAUCUUUUUCUUUUUCUUCCUUUCUGAAUGCUAUAUACUAUGAAGCUCCGUUCACAUUCUUACUGCGUUCGACGAUAAUGAACCCCCAAG